AAUACAUUUACAUCAUUGGUCUCAUUGAUUCAUACAAAGUCUAGUAUAUAUAAUAUAUCCUUUGAAUAUAUAAUUAGCUUCUAUCAUAUUUAGAUCCAAAAAUGUCAACAAAAAUUGAUAUCCAAGAGUCAAGCAAAGAUACUAAAGGAAAAGCUGUUUUGGUUGCAGCACCUGCAAGGCCAGGAGGAUGGAAAAAGGGCAUAGCCAUAAUGGAUUUCAUUCUAAGGUUAGGUGCCAUAGCAGCCGCUCUCGCCGCGGCCGCCUCGAUGGGAACAAGUGAUCAAUCUCUUCCUUUCUUCACUCAGUUCUUUCAGUUUGAAGCUAGCUAUGAUAGUUUUCCUGCAUUCCAGUUUUUUCUUAUUGCAAUGGCAAUAGUUGCUGGCUAUUUGGUCUUGUCUCUACCUUUUUCUAUAGUAGCAAUCAUACGCCCCCAUGCAACUGGACCAAGGCUUUUUCUCAUCAUCCUAGACACUGUUUUUCUUACUCUGGCUACUGCUAGUGCUGCUUCAGCUGCUUCUAUAGUUUACUUAGCACACAAUGGAAAUCAAGACACAAACUGGCUAGCCAUUUGCAACCAAUUUGGAGAUUUUUGUGCACAGACAAGUGGAGCAGUAGUGGCAUCAUUUAUUACUGUGGUUGUUUUAAUUGUGUUGGUUGUGAUGUCUGCUUUGGCUCUUGGGAAGCAUUGAAAAUUAAGAUUGAAUUACUUAUGUUACUUUUAUGCAUAUUUGUUAUGUUUCCUAAAUCUCCUUAGGUUGUGAGGCUUUUUUGAAGUCAUGAUGUGGAGAAGUGAUUACUUGUAGUGUCAAUUUGGUUAGAUGUUGCUGUGAAAUAUUUUGUACAAUGUUUUUGAACCAUUGUGUUUAAUUUUGAAGUGCCUAUUAUCUA